AUGAAUAUUUGGCUUUUACAAAUAUUAAUUUCGUUGUUUUACACGAGUGCCACUAUUUAUGGCGAUCUUUUCAAAGUUAAACUGCAAAAUUUUGCCGAACUUUACGAAAGUGAUGCCGGCCAUUUUGAGCCGAGUGGCAAGAUCUCGAAAAGCUUGGCCGGGAACACUGACGCGAUCAAAGUUGACAAAUUAUAUUCGGAAGAUUCGAAAGACGAGUUCCCUUCCCUUUUCUUGGUCUACCGAAAAAACGCCGAGAGCCUUUUGAGCCACGAUUUUCAAGCUGAUUUGAUGGACGAAAGGUAUUUACGCGAUGUAGACGAAAAUACCUAUAAGGGAUACGUCACGGAUACCGAUCCUACGGCUGAACUUAGCGGGAAAACUAAAUCGAUGGAUACGGGUGAUGACGCUAUAAACGAAAAACGGGGCAAGAAGGAACCUCUAUACCUAACUGCUAUAGAUGGAAAAACUGAAGCGCAUUUUAUAUAUAACGAUGAACAUUACAAAAUGGAACCCAUCGCGAAGGAGUACAACCCAGGAGACCUAGACUUUAACUAUAAUUUAGUUAGGAACACCCAUCCAAAAUUUAGAAACGAUUAUGAGCAUAAUAGAUACGCGAAUUCGGCUGAUUUCUUGGAACGACCUAAAAGGCAACAAAAUGGAAAAACGCAUUUGAUAGAAGCCAUUUUCUAUUUGACCAAUCACCUUAAGCGAGCAAGUGUUCCCGAAAAAUAUUGGAUCUAUAUUGCUUCCGAUAUCAAUCGUAUCUACCGUGAUCAAUCCAUAGGACAAAAUUUCGCUUUCCGUAUCAAAGCGAUAAAAUAUAUUGACGAUAGAUCAUAUAUUCCAGGGGAUAUCUAUAAGAGCGUUUGGCUAUUCGCCGAUCGCAACAAAAAUUUAGCAACCCAAGAAGCCGAUAUGCAUUUCGUAAUAUCAGAUGAUUUCGUAACGUCAAGGGAUAGUACGCCAGGAUAUGCCAUAGUAGGAGGUUUAUGUACCGCUAACGGUGUCGCUACCAUACAAUACACCGGCCUAGAUAGCGGCUUCAUAAUGUCUCACGAGAUGGGACACGCUUUUGGAUGCGAGCACGAUGACGCUACAAAUUGUAGAUAUGAUGAAGGUGGGGUCAUGGCCAGUCGUCCAAAGGUUGACAGGCUAAGAAAGUGGUCUCGAUGUUCAGCUGACACAAUAUCCAAGAAAUUGCACAAUAUGACAAUUGAUAAAACCUACUGUCUUAACCCCGUGAAAGGUAAAGGGGUAGGUUUGGUAAAAUAUCCCGGACAGUACGUAUUCGACGAACAAUGCGCCACUAGAUGGGGUGAACCAACAGCCAUCAUGCACAAAGAAGCCAACUGUACAUUGCUUUAUUGCGAAAAUAACGGAAAAGGAACGUGGUUCGUUCAGCCCCCGUUAGAUGGGACCCCUUGCACAUUCGAAAAUGGAAAAGAAGCUUUAAGGAUAGACGGAGAAAAAAUUUGCGUGUCUAGGAGUUGCAUAGCGCUCAAAGAAAUGCAAGAUUUGCCUAAAGGAAAAUGGAGAGCUUGGAAAGAUGGUCCGUGCAUGGGUCUGGGAAGAGAAUUUAAAACGGGGACCAGGGAAUGCAAGCGUUUUAGGAAAAACUCCGUGCUAGGUCCGUUUUGUGAAGGAGCAAGAACCCGCUUAGUGAAAUGCCAAACUGAUAAAAGUCAACAAGAACUGGAACGAUGGUACGCGGAUGUGAAUGCCGGAAUAUGCCGCCAGGAGUGGAAUGAUAGGUACUCCAAUAUAACAUUCGAAAGUCAGCCAGAAAGACCAUGUUACUUGAAUUGCAAAAAGACAUCAGGUAACAGUUGGCAAAGUCAACAGUUUGGUAAAUUUGUUACUGACGGGACACCCAUCACUAAAACUUCAAUCUGUCUGAAAGGAGUAUUAAUUCAAAUGAGCAAUUAA